UUACCUGCGCUCCUUUACGAAAUACCGCAGCCGAUCUAUACUGCGGACGAAAUUCUCAAUGUCUAUGUGGCUUGUCGAGCUGUUUACUUUUGCCUGUUGAUCCUGUGCACCGUGGGCAACGGACUGAAUCUGGUGGUGUUGAUUCGCAGCGUACCUACGUGGAAGACAUCAGCGUGUCACUACAUGAUCGGGACGGCCGUUGCUGACAUUCUGGCAUUAUGGCUCGGUUUAACUUCAUUUUUUGGGGAUCGUGGAGUGGGCGAGGACAUGCAGAAUGUAACGGCAGGAGGGGUCAUCUUUGUGUCGUGGGUUUUGGAUGUCUCGAUGAAUUUGUCCGAUUGGAUCCUGGUUAUUUUCUCGUGGGAAAGGCUGCUUGUGAUUAUGAGCCCUUUCCGAUUUCGAUUUCUGCAGCUGGUUUCAGUGGCGCGCUUUACAAUCGUCGUUCUGACCGUUUUAUCGCUCGCAUUGUACUCGUUUGAUCUGGCACCAAUCUGCUGUGUAUCCCUGAAUAACCCCAUCAUGAGUUUCCCUGCCCAUUACCCUGAAUGGUAUACGGUCUGGGACUCCAUUAAUACGAAAGGCUUGAUUGCGGUGCGCAUCCUGACCUUUUUGCUGAUUCUUAUUCCCACUGUAAGCCUGAUUGUCUUUUUGGCAUACCACCGACGGUCCAAAUUUGGCCAGAUGCGCCGCUUGCAGAAAGCUGCCUCAGCGUCGACCUCUGCCAGCAAAUCCUUAUCCCAGCAUGGGAUCAACGUCAUUCUGCUCAGCAGUGCCCUACUCUAUCUCAUCACGCGGACUCCAUUGUUCUUCGACUUGUGUGCAACAGCGGCACCGCAGGACCAUGCAAUCUCUUAUAUCACCGAUCAGAGCGUGCGGAAUCUGGCGAGACCAAUCAUCCUUGUAGUAACACUCAUGGGCUAUUCGCUAAAUUUCUACGUUUAUUUGCUGACCGAGCGUCAAUAUCGAGGUCGUUUCAUUGAGCUAGUGGCUCGUCCACCGCUCCGCCUUUGGCUGCCCAAAAUAUUCCAUAACAACAGUAGUGGACAAACGGAAAGUGUGGAGUUAAGCGCUCGAGCUUCCACGCAGACCCUAGUGCCAUGACGGUAGCACGUCAGUUCUCUAAUCUGACCUCCGUUUUGCUUCCCGACAAAUUGCUGACCAACAUUUUGCUGAUUCUGCCAUGACAGCCAAUGUCAGCCAUGACAGUUUCGUUCUUCUUAUCGUUUUCAGUUCAACCGGAUCACUGGUAAAUGCAUAAAGCAGAAAACUUCUUUAUAUCUGUAGAAUUUUGUUCAGCUUUGGUAUUAGUUUUUAACUAAAAAAGAGAGC